AUUAGAAAAUAAAGAAGAUACGAAGUACCCACGUCCAGUAACGACUUUUUUCUACCUUAUUUCCUACAAUAUGUACAUCACUAGCUGUCAAAAUCCAUCGUAUUUGCAGUCAGUGAAAGAAGAUUAAAAUGGCAUUUGGCGAUUAUCCAGCUGAGUAUAACCCAAAGGUUCACGGACCAUACGAUCCAGCACGUUACUAUGGCAAAGCUGAUGUGCCUCUAGGUCAAGUCAAAGUUGGAGAAAUUGGUGCUUGGCUGAGUCGUCGCAAUAAGUCACCACAAGCUAUUGCUGGCGCCUUCAGUCGCGCUUGGUGGCGUUGGCAGCACAAAUAUGUGCAGCCAAAACGUUCUGGUGUGGCACCAUUCUUCCAGGUUACAGUUGCUGCCAUGACUUUCUUCUAUGCUAUCAACUACGGUAAAAUGAGACACCACAGAAAUUACAAAUAUCAUUAAACUUUGUUGAUGUAUAAUAAGCGGUAUUGCAUAGUGCUCUAGUGUGGAGUUACAACAAAAUAAAUAUAAAAAAACUCGAGGUUGGCGUUAAAUAAUUUCGUCAAAUUAAAACUACUGCAUUGAAUGAUUUAUGAUAUGGUUAUUGAAAUAAACUAAUUCCUAAUCAGAAACCGUA